AUGGCUGCAGACUCCGUGCUACAACAGGUCCCAUCCGCAGAGAUCGUGAUACUCGGUGAUUUCAACGCCCACCACGCUGAAUGGCUUGGUUCUCGUUCAACCGAUCAUGCGGGUAGAUCUGUCUACGACUUUGCUUUGGCAUAUGGUCUAACACAACUGGUUGCUUCGCCUACGCGGAUCCCAGAUACGUCACCGUUAGACGACAUACAUGUUCAAAAUUGUAACAAAGCUAAAUUAAAACUCAUAAAACUAUAUAACUGUGAAUGA